AUGGGGCUCUCGGGCAACAAGACUCGGAGCAAACUCUCCCACGACCCCAACAACACCGCCUGGUCCAAGAACACCGCCAACUUCGGCCACAAAAUCCUUUCCAAGCAAGGAUGGAAACAGGGCGACUUCCUCGGGGCGGAGAAUGCGAAUCACUCCGAUCACUUCACUGCCGCGAACGCUUCGCACAUUCGGGUCAUGUUGAGGGAGGACAACUUGGGCCUAGGAGCGCAAAUCGGCAAAGGCAAUGCGGAGACGUUCGGACUAAACAUGUUCUCGGGAUUACUGGGAAGACUGAACGGCAAGAGUGAUGAGGAGGUGCAAAAGAAGCAGGACACUAUCAGAGAUGCGGAGUUGAGGGCAUACCAGGCGAAUAAGUACGGCUUUAUGAACUUCGUCAGAGGAGGGCUUUUAGUGGGCGAUAAGAUGGAGUUUCCGGAGAGCACGAAGAUCGAGGAUGUCAAGAAGACCUCCAAGUCUAUCGGAGCAGAGGCGAAACAGAGCAAGAAGCGGAAAGCAGGCGAGGAUGAGGAUGUGGCAGAGUCGUCGAAGAAGCGAAGGAAAUCUGAGUCGAAGUCAAGCCGGGCUGCAUCAGAGAUUGCGGUGGAUGCCGCGUCGAAGAAAUCUGAGGAAAGAAAGAAGCAAAAGUCGAUAUCCGAAGAGGAAUCGCAAGAUACCAGUUCCAGCUCCGAGUCUGGUGAAAGAGGUGAUGCCAGGAAGGAGAAAAGGCGUAGAAAAGAGCAACGGAAAGCAGCGAAGGACUCAAAAGAACCAGCUCAAAUCGACGAAGAUGAAGAGAAAGCACGGUUGAAGGCAGAGAAGCGUGCACUUAAAGAAGAGCGACGGAAACGAAGGGAAGAGAAGCGAACUAAGCGGGCAGCGAAGGAGGGCGCAAAGGGUUCAGCGCAGCCGUCGACAGCGACAAGUGAGAGUGAGGGUACAGCAACGCCACCUGUCAUGAACGGCGGUUUAACGAUGACCGGUGGACGACACGCAGUACGGCAGCGAUACAUCAUGCAGAAACGGAUGGCUUCGAUGAAUGCUACGGCUUUGAAGGAGAUUUUCAUGUUAAAGCCCCAGCCAGCAUCAUGA